CGGAAGUGACGUAGGUCGUUGUAGGCAGGGAAGGAGAGUGUCUGAGAAGAAGAGUUCGUAAUCGCAGAGUUCCUGGAGCAGUUGUAUUGUUAAAAUGAAUCGCUUAUUUGGAAAAGGCAAACCGAAGGAGCCGCCACCGAAUCUGACAGACUGUGUAGCAAAUAUUGACAGUCGUGGUGAAUCGGUUGACAAAAAGAUUGCUCGUCUAGACCAGGAACUUCACAAAUACAAAGAGCAGUUAAAGAAAAUGAGAGAAGGACCAUCAAAGAAUGUGGUAAAGCAGAAGGCAAUGAGAGUCUUAAAGCAGAAAAGAAUGUAUGAAAACCAGCGAGAGCAACUGAGCCAGCAGUCUUUUAACAUCGAGCAGCAGAACUUUGCUAUCCAGACAGUUAAAGACACAAAGUCCACAGUGGAUGCAAUGAAGAUUGGUGUGAAGGAUUUCAAAAAGGCAUACAAGAAUGUCAACUUAGAUCAGAUUGAAAAUUUGCAAGAUGAGAUGGAAGAUUUCAUGGAACAGGCCAAUGAGAUUCAGGAGGUUAUGGGGCGGUCAUAUGGUAUGCCAGAGAUUGAUGAUGAUGAGCUUGAAGCAGAGUUAGAUGCUCUUGGAAAUGAGAUUGGCUUGGAUGAAGAUGCAUCAUAUUUGGAUGAUGCCAUGGCAGCACCAUCUGCACCCACAUCAGAUCCUGGAACAGACAGCAUGCGGGGGGACGUUCCAGUGGACGAGUUUGGUCUUCCACAGAUUCCACAGACGGCAAAAUAAUCUGCACUAAGCUGGGGUGGGUGGGUGUAGUUUUAUGGGGCUUUGUAAGACUACUUUUUACGCCAUUGUUUAUUUUCCUGUCCCUGUCAAAAACAUUGUCAUAAAUAUUUAUGUCUGCUUGCUUUUUUGAUCAAGUUUCCAUUAUAUUCUUAUUAUGCCUGUUGAUAUCUAAUUUAUGCACAACUCUUAAGAUGAUCCUCUAUGUGUGGGUGUCUGUGUGCGUGCAUGUAUGUAUGUGAGUGUGCACAUUUAAGUGGGUGUGAGCAAACACGACAAAUGGUAUAAGCCUGACUUCAUUUUUAGAACUUGGAAAGAAUAUUCAAGAAAUCUGAAAAAAUAAUGUUGGUACAGCUAUUGUAUAUGGAAGGCAUCAGUAGGGGGUGAUGGUACUUAAGGUGCAAUCUAGCUGAGCACUUGUAGUUUUUACUAGAGUGAUGGAACCUGGCCUGUAAGGAAGUGCAAACGUCUUUGUGAAUUAUUUAAAGUUGACAUAGCAGUGACAGUUCAAGUAAUAUUUUGGAGAAUAUUUGGUGAAGUCAGACAUCAUGUGACCAUGUAGGUACCUUAAUAUUUUGCUGGGAACUUGACAUCCUUUAAGUGGUGAAGUCUUUUAACUGGUGAUUGUGCAAGAUUUUCCUUUUUUUUUAUAUUUAAAGGUACAUUUGGAAAAAACCCAACUCAAUCCUGAUAUACUGAAAUGCCAGUUUAAUAGGGCCUGAUUGUUGGCUGUUGACCAUGAGCUGGAUGUAGUUGUUUUGAAAAUUCUCUGCUCAAGAGCUGUCUACUGUUCUAAGGAAGAAAAUUUUGCUUUCAAAAACAGGAACAUUUUCUAUAGAGUUCUAUACAUUGAAAAUUAAUUCUUAUAUGACAUCAAGAUUAAGUAAAUGUCACAACAUAAAAUUUGGCUUGUAAAUGAUAUUUUGAUGCAAAACUUCUAGGACAAAAUUAUAUGUUUAAAACAUUUUUGGCUUCCAAAUAAAGGUUCAUUUGAAGACUAGCAAUUUGAAUAAAUUUUUUUCAUCUGUUGCAUACCUCCCUGUGUUCUCAUUUGCAGCUUCUUCAGACUUGAUUGUAAUUAUAUCGGUGACAAAAUAUUAAAUUUAGGCCGUUUUCCCCCUUGAUAAUGUUUUGUAGUGAAAACACUUGAAGAUAUGUGUCACCACAUAUAAGAAGUAAAUGUUCACACGAACAUUUCACAUAAAUAUGUUGAGGUCAGUGGAGAAAAGCAAAAAGGAAAGGUUACUCUUUAAUAUUUGUUUGACUGAUAUAUAAAAUAAUUAUCCUUUAUGGGCUUGAUUUUACAAAUUAGUCUUGAUUUAUGUGAUCUUGUUUAAUGCCAUUCCAUCAUUUUUAUGCUGUCAUCAGCAUCUUCAAACAAUUACAUAAUUGCUGUGCAUGUUCAACCUUUAUCAGCCUGUCCAGAUUAUCGGUUAUUGUUGAAGCUUUGGCAGUCAUUUAUGUAAAAGUGUAACAUGUCUGUCCAUGAUUACCAAAGUCUUGCCUGUUAAUAGAGUAAAAGUUAUUCUUCCUGAUGCUGUUGGAGUUGGACACUAUGAGCCACAUACUACCCUGUAACCAUUUUUAAAGGUUUUAAGAUCAUACAAAGUUGGAUUGCAUAAAACAUUUUUCGUGGUUCUUGGAACUCUCCACUGGCAAAAAGACAGGCUUGUCACACAGAUGCAUAAAACAGAUCAAGGUCCAUGUGAAAAUCAGAGCAUUUAGAUCCCUACUCUCUACUGCCAUGGCACAGGAAAGUGGUUAUUUCGGGAACUAAAUGGGCAAAUAAAAUGCCAGUGUGAACAAACGCCAUCGGAACAUUGGUUGAAUUUGUAUGAUUACGCAAUAUGAUAACAUUGAUUUCCUUGCUUAGCUAUUUUGUUAGGCCAUACUAGCAAUUUCUCUAAGUUUAAAAAAAUGUAAUGUUUGCUUUGGAAACUAUCUUUUGGACUUCUUAGAUGACUGGAUGAUAUUAAGUAGAUAUUCUGUCUUCAGAACAAGAAUCAGCAGUAAUUAUUCACAGCAGCUUCCAAGUUUAAAUAUGUAUAGGCAGUCAAUAAAUGAAAAUCGGUAAAUAUAUACUAUCAAGAAAUUAUGAUUUUCAUAAUUUAGAAAUUAAGAGCUCAGUCUUAGUCUUUCUGUUCUGUGUGUUGCAUAUCUUGCACAGCAUGACUGAAAACAGGAACUAUAAAUAAAAUUGUUCAUUUCUGGUA